AUGGACAAAGCCGCGGACACGGAGCUCAAGAGCCACGAGCAUCAGAGGGACCUGGAGAGGGAAGCUGCCGAGAAGGAGUGGAGGAGCUGGCAGAGAGGGCAGCUGCGCAGGAACACGCUGCACCUCGUGUCUGCGGCUGCGCAGUGGGUGCUGCUGCUCGCCUGCUUCAUCUACCUCGCCAUCGAUGCUCUGCAGCUCGCGAAGCCCGCCGGCGACCAGGUCCCGUGGAGCCACGUCAAGUUCACAGGUAAAAGCGUCAAAGGAAUUGCCAUAAACCUCAGUGCCGAGAGAGGGUCUAUUCCCAUCAGAAACGGCUCCAUCAUUAUUCCGUGCGAUGGCCUCUACCUGGUGUCCUUGAAGGGUGAUAUCAGUUCCUCCGAGCUGGACAAAAAACACUCAUUAAAGCUGAUCCUGGGGAAAAAUGGUGAUGAAAACAGUGGAGCCCUCUGGGAGCAAACUCUCCAGCACAACAGCGAGACAGUCUAUCUCAUCACGGUCUUCUACUUGUUUGCUCCAUGCAACAUUGCCCUGUGGACCAACACCAACGCCACCAUCACGGAUUUGUCCUUCAGCCUUGUGCUACUAAGUCCCAUCUUCUACUGCCUCCGGUAG